CAUGUACGACGUGAUGUGCGCAAACAUGAAGUUCGCGGGUCGCGUGACUUUCGUACACAGGAUCAUCUACAUAGGGGAGCAUUCGUUUCCGCAGUUCGAUGAUGAAGACGAGAACAUCAGCGACCUGUUCAGAGAGAACAUUCAGACUGUGAACUCGCAGUAUUGCGAGGAAUAUUUGACCGGUUUCCUGCUGUACUACACCAAGUACUUCUGUCACGUGGUGGAGGGUUCGGAGGAGAGCAUCCACAAACAUCUUCAGAUGCUGCUCACGAAUCCGGAGACGGCCAAGCAUUUGGGCAGGAUGAAGAUAUUGGUCGCUUAUCAUCAUAUCAAUCAGCGCUUCCUGAAGACCUGGACCGAGAUCAACGCUAAACCACCGACGCUCCUCGAGAAGGUCGACAAUCAGGACAUCAGUGCGGUCAUGGCCAAAGUGAUGAUCUGCUUGCAGAAGUUGUACAAGCUCGGUAUCAUUCUCAGACCGACGGAGGCCGGCGCGGAGGAGGAAAAGGAGGCCGAGGAAGAUCAGCAGGUCGCAUCACAGGAGCAGCCGCAAACGGAUCAAAGGUAUUCGACGUGUCGAAGGUCUCUGGCUGUUGUCGUCUCGACCGUCUCGAACUUCGACAUAAUAGGCAGACCGGCCGACACUCUGCCCGAAUGUCAGCUGCUGCAAUACCUCUUGGACAGCGAAUACGUUCAAGACUUGGAGGAUUACAAGAACAGCUACGGCGUCAUCCCAGUCUACAUGACGUAUUUGGAGCAGGCAUGGCCCGUUAGUAGCGAUUACGUUCCCAGAGACAUAUUCGUGAAGGAGAUCGAUCCGGUUAGCGAUAUUCCCGCGGACAUGAGGAUCUCUGUUAUCGUGCAAACCAUAUAGCAUACCAAUGAU